AGCUCGAUCAAGUACUAGUAGCCUAAUAACAUAACAAAUUAUCAUUACAAUUUCUUCUUUUAUUAUGGGUCUUCAUCGCAAGUGUAAGCAGUGUUCCGUCUCGUUUUCCUCGGAAGCGCAGUUUCAACAGCAUUAUGACUUCUGUCAUCGUAAUGUUGUUCGUGCUAAGACUCUUGGGAAAACUGGCGUUGAUACUGUUGAACUGCAUAGGGGUGAUGGUGUGUUUAGUUGCAUAAACGGCUGUUCCUUUAGGAACCGUAGUGCAAAAGCCUUCAAAAAACACAUUUCUACCUGCUCCUAUGUAAACCCCUUAAGAUCUGUAAAAAAAAUAAAGAAAAAUUGUAUUGAUAAAACUACAAAAUUACUAAAUUCGGAUAGCUGGAAGGUUGUUGAUGUGAGUUUUACUUCAACCUACUGGUUUAACACACCAACAGCCGGAUCCGAUGCGUGGGAAUCAGUGCGAAAGCUGGUUCCCAUGCUUAUUUACGUCACCGGCGCAUGGGGCCUGCAUUUACUCAUCUGCCGCAGGUGUGUGGUGGCAUUGGAAAAGGAUGACGUCAUUGAUCAUCUAUACCAAUGCCAUCGAAAGACCGUCGAUAAGCUUGAUGACAAGUUUUUCGACAAGCUGAAUGAUGCCUUGGAGCUUAUGGUGGUUCAUUCCGCUAAAGCAUUCAAGAGGUUCAUUAAUCUAUCCGGCUUAUGGAUUAGGCCCUUUCCUUUUUUUAACGUGGCACGCAAUUGUGCGUUAUGUUGUGAAAAAUUUUUUCGUGAUCCCGGUGCCCUAACUAACCACCAAAAAAAAUUUUCGGCGGAGAACCACUGUGACAAAUCGACAUUUGUGGACGUACAAACAAUUCGAUGGGCCGAAGGAACAUCCCUCGAAUUCAAAGUUGAUUGUACUGGGUUAACAGCCAUCGAUGACGGAAAUUAAGAUAGAUUUAAUAAUAGUAAAUUUAUUUGUUACCAAUAAAGCUGUAAAAGUAUACAACAAUAAAAUACUCAAUAAAUAACAAAUGUUUAAAUACUUGCUAUGAAGUAUAGAUUAGACAAAUUUCUUUCCUAUUGAAAUCACUGAUCCCGUAG